AUGGCACUGACACUGACUGGAGUCUACAACGCGAGGCAGCUCCAGAUAGUGGUUAUUAAUAGUGUUCUCGUGUUCUUGUCACUGACUUCCGUGUCGUGGCGAUUCUGGGCACGAAAACUGCAAGGACUGAAACCAUUCCUGGAGGACUACCUGACAGUUGUUGCCUUGGCGCUGUCCUUGGGAGUAAACAUCCUUCUCUUUCAAAGUCUUCAUGCCGGCGUGGGUGAGCAUGUUGACUCCCUGACAACUGCGACCGUACAGAAUUACUCCCUGAACCUGUACAUGAUGCAACUAUUCUGGAACACCUGCCUUCCUGUCAUCAAGCUGUCCAUUGCCCUCUUCUACCAACGCAUAUUCCCCGUCCGAUCCAUGGUCAUUGCCUGUCGCUCCAUCAUCGUCUUUCUAUUCGCUUGGUACCUCGCUUUCCAGACCACAGCCAUCUUCCAAUGCACACCGAUCCACCACGCGUGGCGAAAGAAAACCACGCAGGGGAGAUGUAUCGACUUCGUUCCCUUUGUGAUCACGUUGGCUGCGACAAACCUGUGUACGGAUUGAACCCUCCUCGCCCUGCCCACCCGCGAAAUUUGGAAGCUUCAGGUCGCGCAAGGGAAGAAAAUCGGAUUGUCGGUCAUUUUCACUCUGGGUGUUAUGUCUGCUCCCCACCCUCCAGCAAAGUCGUCUCUUUUGUUUUGAUUGGUAUGACAUAGAUACUAAUAAGUACCUUUGCCUACCAGUGUCUGUACUAUCUCGGUUGUACGGCUCGAAAAUCUCAUCGCAAUCAGCAACGCGGACAUCACGUGUGAGACAAACCCCUUGUGUAUUCAUUCUGACUUGUCAACCACCCGCAUCGAACACAGCAAAUAUCGAUUCC